UGUGGGAGGGAGAUGGUCCGGGAAGAUGGCGUCGCGGGUGAGUGGAAUCGGCGGUAGCGGCGGCGGCGAUGAAAACCGGCUGGUGUCGCUGCCGUUGUCUCGCAUCCGGGUGAUCAUGAAGAGCUCGCCUGAGGUCUCCAGCAUCAACCCGGACGCCAUUUUCCUCACGGCGAAGGCCACGGAGCUGUUUGUCCAGUAUUUAGCCGUUCAUUCCUACAAACACGGCCAGGGAAAGAACAAAACAUCAUUAACCUAUAGUGACUUGUCCCAUACAGCAGAGAACUAUGAUACAUUUCAGUUCCUUGCAGAUAUCCUGCCAAAGAAGAUCUUGGCUAGCAAAUAUCUAAAAAUGCUGGAGAGAGAAAAAGAGGGAAGAGAAGAGGAGGAGGAGGAGGAGGCAGAAGAGGAAGAGGAUGAAGAAAGUGAAGAGGAAGAAGCAUCUUGAGGGUGACAAAUGACUAGACUUACAGCAUGUCCUUGUUACACAUUAACUUUUUUAGAUGACUUAUUCAAGUGAAGUCCUGUUAUCUCUGCAUUGGUUGAAAAUUGAACAAGUGGAUUGCCAGUUUUACAAUAUAUGCAAGAGCCGUAAGUGAGGGACUGAACUUGUGAAGAGAUU